CUCUCUCUUACUCGCAUGGAGUUGUCAACAUUUCCUCCGGCGAGCACCGGAGAUCUUCCAGCUCCGAAUAACAUGAAUUCUCCGACAGCUCUUCCAGCUCCGACCAAUGAAGCUGAAGCAUCUCUCCCAUCUCGCUUGGAUUUGUCCACCGCUUUAAUCACAACCACUCAAGCUGCUCCUGCGGUUAUAGCUAACGCUGCCCCUCCGAGUCACAGCUCUACCCCAAACCAUCCUCCUUAUGCAGAGAUGAUUACUACUGCAAUUAGAGCUCUUCACGAUAGAAAGGGUUCAAGCAAGAUUGCCAUAAAGAAGUAUAUAGAUGCGACCUACUCAAAUCUUCCAUCUGCUCAUGCAUCUCUGUUAACUACUCAUCUGAAGAGGCUAAAGAACACUGGUAUUAUAGUCAUGGUGAAACACUCUUACAAACUCCCCAACCCUAAUAAAGCUAUAGCUUCUUCAUCUUCUUCUGGUGGUGGUGGUGUUGCUUUUCUGUCGGUGCCGGAGAAGAAAAGCCCUGGUCGCCCACCUAAGCCCAAGCCUUUAGGAACCCAACCUACAUUGCCUAAAAGAAGCCCUGGUCGUCCUCCCAAAACCAGGCCACCAGUUGUUGGACCUGAGAGGAAGAGGCCCCGUGGGCGCCCACCGAAACCCAAGCCCAUUCUUAUUCCCGGUUCGAAUGGGUUCGUUACACAGCCCAACCCAAAACGGCAAUCGAAAAAGCCCAGGCCCAUAGCUGUUACUCCAUUGUACGGUUUCCUUCCACCAAAGCAACCGAGGAAGUCACCGAAAGUAAGGCUCUUUGUGGAUACCGACAUUACCGGAAAAGGUGCCGUAGCUGGAAUUCCUAGGUCUAGAGGUCGACCACGGAAGAACACUGUACUAUCGUCUUCCGGCGAUGUUGGAGCAAGUACAAGUGCAAGUAUUCGGCAGCAGUGGUUGUGA